AUGGGGGUGGCAUGGAACAGAUUGAAGAAGUUCGCUCCGCAGGCGCUGCUGCUGCUGGUCAUACUACAAGUACCGCUCUUCAGCAUAACAAUAUCCAACCGCCAGGUGGACUCACCCAUUGCUGUCGUCAUCACACAGCUCUGCCACCCCAUCUGGCUGCCACCUGUCCUCCUCUCCGCCGUCGUCUACCCCGGUGAGGUGGCGCGCCACGUGGGCGCCGCCCUGCUGGACGGUGACGUGGCGGCGGUGAUGCGCCUGCCAGCGUGGCACUCCGUGCUGGAGCAGUAUGAGAGGGCGUUCGAUGGUCCAGAGGAUCCCACCGACCCCGGCCUGCCUCUGCUGCGCCUUGAGCUGGUGGUGGGCAGCUAUUUCGCGGUGGGGGGAGCCAUAGCAGCCCAGUUCAGAGCGGCCCGCAUGCCGCUGCUGGGCUACCUGCUGCUGCUCUGGGGGCUGCUGCGCCCCAUAUUGCUCCCUCACACCUACCCCGACCCAUCCAAGGUACCUUCCCGACCCAUCCAAGCUCUGUGCUCCUCCCCCACAUGCCUCCUCCCCCACAUGCCUCCUCCCCCACAUGCCUCCUCCCCCACAUGCCUCCUCCCCCACAUGCCUCCUCCCCCACAUGCCUCCUCCCCCACAUGCCUCCUCCCACACAUGCCUCCUCCCCCACAUGCCUCCUCCCCUACAUGCCUCCUCCCCUACAUGCCUCCGCCCCCUGGCCCUCCGAGGUGCAACCACCAUCCAUCCAGCCCGCCUUCCUUAUCGGUCCCCUCCUCUCAACCCCCUCUCACCUUUUCAGCCGCCUCAAAGCACGUCUCUACCCCUCCUUCUCAUCCCCUUUGUUCCUCCUAG